AUGUCUUCCAAUAUUCAAAUCGAUGCAAACUUACCCGCUGAUACAGUGUGGUUUAUCACCGGUUGUUCAUCCGGCAUCGGAAAAUCUCUCGCCCAAGAAAUCUUCAACACAACCACCCACACCCUCAUAGUCACAGCCCGCAAUCCCUCCUCCUUGUCCUUCCUCCCCCAAUCCCCUCGUGUUCUCCCUCUCGCCCUCGAUGUCACUUCCCAAGCAUCCAUCACUGCAGCCCUAUCCACUAGUCUCUCCACCUUUAAACACAUCGAUAUCAUCGUCAACAACGCCGGCUACGGCGUCCUCGGCGACACCGAAAUCAUCCCCGAAGAAACCGCUCGCAAAAUCUUGGAGACGAAUUUCUGGGGCGCCGUCCAUUUAACCAAUGAAGCUGUUAAGAUUUUCCGCGACGUUAAUGGGGAAAAGGGUGGGUUGAUUAUGCAGAUUAGUACGAUGGGUGGUGUGAUGGCUUUUGCGGGGCAAUCUUAUUAUCAUGCCAGUAAAUUCGCCCUCGAAGGCUUCACCGAAUCCCUGUACCACGAAAUCCCCAAAUCCUGGAACAUCCGCUUCCUAAUCAUCGAGCCCGGCGGAGUCAAAACCAACUACAGCAGCUCCCUCGUCAAACUCCCCGCGCAUCCCGCAUACACCGAUCCUUCAUGUGGCACCCGACAACUCGAGGCAUUUUUUGAGAAUGAGGCGUUUGCGGAACAGAUGGCGGAUGCGGAGAAAGUGGCGCAGGUGAUAUUGGAAGCGACGAGGUUGGAGAGGAGGGGGGAAUUGGGUUUGAGGGUCCCGGUGGGCCCGGAUAGUUGGAGCUUUAUUAAGGGGAAGUAUGAGGCGGAGUUGGAGGGCUUGCGGAAGGUGAGGGAGUUGAGUUGGGGGACGGGGAAUGUGGGGAUUUUGGAGUGUACGGGGUUUUUGGGGUGA